UUGAGAUCCCUCGCUCUGUGCUUAUUUUUCUGGUUUUUCCUGACUUUACCACCCCCAUGGAAGAUCAAAUGGCCGAACUAAACUUAUCCACCGAAGAUGAUGAAAUCCUACUCGACGACGAUGCUACUGGAGAUUCCACGGUUGAUGUCGAUCUUUGUCUGGUAGGCCGGGAAAGGAGUCUUCGUGAAGGAUAUCGGCCAGGGACGCUUUAUCUUUCAAUUUUUCCACGAGAUUGAUGUGAAAAGGGUCUACGAAGGCGGACCAUGGGCCUUUGGUAACUUUCCUCUUAUUCUCCAUCGCUUGAAAAGGGGGGAAUUCUCUCACAACGUCCCCCUGGAUAUCCUCCCUUUUUGGGUCCAAAUACAUGACCUUCCGGCAGGUUAUUUAACGGAGGGAGUUGGCCUUCUUCUGGGAAACUUCAUCGGCACGUACUUGGAGUACGAUAGUACUAACUCUACAGGAGUGUGGCGUCAAUAUAUGCGUGUCAGGGUGGGGAUACGUGUCUCGGAACCUCUCAAACGUUUCAAAAGGAUCAAGCAAAAAGAGGGCUCAUCCUUCGUUGUCAACUUCAGAUAUGAGAGGCUGAAUAUUUUUUGUUUUCUCUGCGGGAGACUUGGACACUCAGAACACUUUUGCGACCUCAGGUUCAAUACCGAUACCAAGGAUAAGGAAAGGGAAUGGGGUAUCUGGCUUAAGACUGCGGACCGGCGUGGCGUGAAUUUAGCCGGAGAUAAGUGGUUACGGACGAAGGAUGUGAGUGGAAACCCUAGCACGGAGGCGGCGGCGGCUAGGGUUCCACACACGCCGUCAAGAUCCGAAUUGAAAAGGAAAGAGCAAGAAAACCGAGAUUUGAUUAUACCAAAUAAUAACUCUCUUAAUGAGGAGGACAUAAUCCCACCUUUCCCUCAACGGCUUCAGUUACAAGAAAUAUGUCAUGCAAAUCAUGCAAGAGUUUCAAUGCAGAUCGACGACAACUCCCUGAGUGGCUUUGAUGAGAGGAAACAGCGUCGCGGUGCCGACUCCGCAUUUCUGAUUACUAACCCUACAUCUGACGUUUUUCCCACAGGGUUCCCCGAGGAUGGCUCAGAUGAACAACUUUACCUAACGGCGGGCCCCGGUGUCGGGGUCGGCCGAUCCCAAUGAAUGCCUUGAGCUGGAACUGUAGGGGGCUCGGCCAGCCCCUUGCGGUUCCCACUUUGCGUGAACUCACGCAAGUUCACAGGCCGAACUUCAUCUUCUUUUGUGAAACCUUA